AAGUAGACAAAGAAGCACUGUCAGAGCUGCAUGCAGCAGUCCUGUCAGUCCGUCAGAGGUGAAGGUAUCGCAGUGAGUGAGCUCCCCCAGCUUGUGUGCUGUCACAAUGGCGCGUAUUGAGACAUCAUCCAGCAGGCCGUACCACCUGGUUAUCUUCGGAGCCUCCGGGUUCACGGGACAGUUUGUGGUGGAGGAGGUGGCUCGGACUGUAUCCGAGGGUCCGAAAGGGAACCUGAAGUGGGCCGUGGCAGGCAGGAGCAAGCAGAAGCUAGAAAAAGUUCUGGAGCAGGCCGCCGGAGUCCUCAGUAAGCCUGAGCUGAGGUCAGAGGUGGACAUCCUUGUGGCAGAUGUAGAAGAACCAGACUCCCUGGCAGCCAUGUGCAAACAGGCUGUUAUCGUCCUCAACUGCGUGGGGCCUUACAGGUUCUAUGGCGAGCCAGUGGUCAAAGCCUGUGUGGAGAAUGGAGCCCACCAUAUCGACAUCAGUGGAGAGCCUCAGUUUCUGGAGGGCAUGCAGUUGAACUACAGCAGCCAGGCAGCUGACAAAGGUGUUUACAUCAUCGGGAGCUGUGGAUUUGACUCCAUACCUGCGGACAUGGGAGUCCUCUACACCAGGGACCAGUUCAAGGGUACGCUGACUGCAGUGGAGAGCUUCCUGACUGUCAGUUCAGGAGAGGAGGGUGGAUGCAUCCAUGAUGGCACGUGGCAGUCAGCCGUCUACGGUUUCGCCGACAGUCAGAAGCUCCAGAGUCUCAGGAGGAAGUUUAAUCACAAACCUCUCCCUACUGUUGGCUCGAAGCUUAAACGCAGGGGAGCUUUAUUCUUCAGUAAUGAGAUCCAGCAGUACACGGUGCCGUUCAUGGGCUCCGAUCCUUCCGUUGUGAAGAGAACUCAGCGCUUCCUGGUGGAGGAACACGAGGCCAAACCGGUUCAGUACGGAGCGUAUGCAGGAGUUGGAGGUAUUGGCAACGUUAUCAAGAUGAUGUUUGCUGGUAUGUUGUUCUGGUUCUUAGUCAAGUUCAGUUUUGGACGCAACCUGCUCAUCAAGUACCCAGAGUUCUUCUCCUUUGGAGUGUUCUCCAAGGCUGGACCAACGAGAAAGCAGAUGGAGGCUUCAUCCUUCCAGUUUGCUUUCUACGGAGAGGGCUACACAGAGGAACAGGACCCCUCCCAGGGAAAACCUAAUGCCAAGAUCCGCACACUGGUUCAGGGACCAGAGUGUGGAUAUGUGGCCACGCCCAUUGCCAUGGUACAGGCUGCUCUAACGAUCCUCAACGAACCCACAGCCCUGCCCAAGACGGGAGGAGUGUACACCCCAGGAGCUGCUUUUGCUAAAACCACACUGAUCGACCGUCUCAACAAACAUGGCAUCCAGUUCUCUGUCAUCUAAAGUUUAUCCCCCUCCCUGAUGCCGUACUCCAGGUUUUUCUCAGCACUUACUAAUAUGCAUAAUAACAACUGGGAAGUUUACGAUUUUAGAGGAGAGCUACUUCAUCCCGCAAUGGCCUGAGAUGGAGUGCACGUUCAGAUUAAGUUCUAACACCUUUUUGAUGGUACCUUCAGCAUUUAUCUUUUUUAUUUGGUCUGAAACUUGCCACUUGUCUUUCUUUGGCUUGAAUGUAGAAUUUACUCUGCUUGUGAGACAAAUAGCACAGCUGCAGCAGCGUUUCCCAACCAAGGACAGUCAAAGCACAGAUGUGUGUAAAUGGGUUUACACUAACAGGAUUAUCACUAAUGAAAGGAGAGCUCUGGGCAGGAUUUAUGUAAUUAUUAUUCAUAUUUGAACCUCAUUGGACAGAAAAUGUUUUACUACUAGUCUCUCCCUACCACUGUUUACUAUCAAGUGAUACAAGAGAAAAUGUGUAGAUGGCACUUUUAUCAUACCAAAGAUUGGUUUGUGACAUUCGUGACAUAUUGGUAUUGGUAUUUACCUACACAACAACAGCUAGCUCGACAACAAAUCAUGUUCUCUUGACAACCUGUCAAAUAAAAUAGCUACUGUAAAGCAGGAUAACAGCUUGAUAGCAUUAAUGUAGUGAUCCUGGACCAUGUGUCAUAUGGAUCAUUGUUGUGGAUUUGUAUUGUAGGUUGAAAUCUACAUCAUUACAAAUGUAGCAAACAGUGUUAAAAAGCAUCAGCUCUAAGUGUUUUAGAAACGUAAAGUUAUACAGUCUUUAUAAGUGUUGUCCUUGUGACAUACAGUAGCUUCAGAUGCACAAGGACUUUACUCUUUAAGUAGCAGUAACAUGGCAGCUGUACAUCUUCUGGUUCAGUGGAGUAAAGCUGUCAACAGAGAAUAGAAGCCUGCUGAGUGUGUGUGUGUGUGUGCGUGUGCGUGCGUGUAUGUAUGUGUGUGCACGUACAUGCUUGCCUUUCCUGGCUUGGCCUGUUAGCUAAAAAUCCAGAUUGCUUUGUUUUCGACAGUUAAUAGUUGGACUAUCACUAAAUCAUCCUACUUUCUUGAAUCUUUUUUUGUAGCUGAAUGUUGCAACAAUUCACCGAUCCAGAUGUUUACUUUUGAGCCUCGUCAGAAAAAUGUUUCUAGUUUCUAGUGCACGAAACAGCAUGAGUUACUCCAUGAGACAGAACGAGCUGUCUCUGAUGUUUUGUUAACAAGUGUGUGGAAAGUUUUAGGUUGUUUUUUUUUUUUUAAUCUUUAGAAGUUUGUCGCUCCUAUGGACUGGAAUUGAUUUAUCCAUAAAGUGAUGUUGAUCUCAGUCCUUGUUUUUCACAUCUGAGAGUGCGAGCAUCAUGUGCACGUGACAAGAAUGUUUUUGAGGUUGUUGUUUUUUUCGGUGUGCUUUGCUUUAUAUGGGCCUCAUAAAUAAAAGGAACUCUGCUAAUAGAAAGAAA